CUGCUACCAAACCACACGCCACGUCCAUUCGCAUUCGUUGAUAAAUUUCAUUGCUGUCAGGCGAAUUCACUGAUUGCCUAUGCUCACAUGAAAUAGUUUUGACUUGUUUGACGACGACUUAACAGAUAGCAAGCAGUCUACAUACCGACGGUGCACCUGUAAAACUCACUUGCUCCGCUAAGCCAGUCAAGCAUGGCGCGCACAGAUAGCCACUCACACCGCCAUACAGGCAGUCGCUCGUACGAUGAUCGUCGCCGCGAUGAUGAUAGAUACUCAAGAGAUUACCGUCGCGAUCGCGACCGAGACCGAGAUUGGUACGAUGACCGCUCGCAUCGGCCACGGUCACGCGAGCGACGACGUUCAAGGUCGCCUGGAAUAGAUCGCGACAGGCGACGUAGCAGAGAUAGAGACAGAGAUCGCGACCGAGAUCGAGAUAGAGACCGAGAAAGAGACAGAGAUAGAGAGAGAGAUAGAGAUAGAGACUAUCGCCGUCGUGAGCGCGACGAUGAUGACAGGCGACGGCGUGAUCCUUCUCGCGAUCGUGAUAGACGCAGGAGUCCUCCACGAGAGCGGCAGUCGAGACCGGAAUCAAGAGACUCACCUUCACAGAGCAGCCGCGCAACGCCCGCGGCAAGCAAGGAGGAUGAGCAAGCAAAACGAAGAGCUAAGCUCGAGGCCUGGAAGGCCAAGCAGCUGGCAAAGAAUGAAACCAAGGCUAAAGAGGCAGCUGCUAACGAUCCUGCAAAGGCAAUCAUGGACGGCCUGCGUUCAACGUCUGAAACGCCCGCAGUAAUCUCGCCCUCUAUUUCAGCGGCUCCCAGCACGCCAGCCUCGCCAAAGCCACAUGCAAAGUUUGAUCCUAAAGCAGUCAUCAAAAAGGCCACUCACGGCUCCUCGAACAAAGGCACUUUGGGACUUGACGUCUUGGUGCCCACUCCAGCCCAGAAGUCCGCAACUACAUCAAAUCUUCAAGGACGGUCUGCAGCUAACAUCAAUAAGGCAGCUCCUGCUUCAUCGAAAUCUCUUACAAACGGCAGCGAAAAUACUGGCAAAGUCAGCGGUUUUGGUCUGGCUGCAGGCCAAGGCAAUGAGAACGCCUCCAAGAUUGGCUUGGACCUAGAAGACGAGAAGGAGAAAACGAGGAAACUAGAGAAGCUAAACAUUCCGCUCUCAGAGGAUCAAGACGACGAUGCUGCGCUUGCUAACGGGGAAGAAGACGAAGAUGACGACACUCCCGAUGCAGACGAAAAUGACCACGAAGCUGCGCUGAAAGCUCUCGCGGCUCGCCGCGCAGCUGCAGAGGAUGCAGAGCCCACAGUGGAACAGGACACGCCUAUGGAGGAUGUCCAAGCUGCGACCGCACAGCCUCAGCAAGAAGAUCAGACCAUGGUGGAUGCAACACCACAGGCAGAGGAGGAAGAAGUAGAUCCUUUGGAUGCAUUCAUGGAGGGCCUGACUGCUGCACCAGCUGCCACACUUCCGACUUUCAGUUCUUUGCGAGGCCGGAGAAACGGCCCGGAAGCCAUGUUUGCUGAAGAGAGCGCCUACGACGAAGUGUUUGGAGAAGUAGAAGACGAUGUUCUCGCCGUGGCGCAGCGAAAGAAAGCAAAGAAAGAGCUCAAGAAGAUUGACCAUAGUAAGAUCGACUACGAAGAAUUCACAAAGAACUUUUACACGGAGUCAGAAGAAACUAAAGAGCUGACGGAGAAAGACGUUGCAAAUCUCCGCUUCGAGAUGGAACAAAUCACUGUCCGAGGUAAGGACGUCCCUAAGCCUGUUGAUCGAUGGUCCGCAAUGGGCCUGUCGGUGCAAGUCCAACAGGUCAUUGCUUCUCUUGGCUACACAAAGCCUACUCCGAUCCAGGCACAAGCCAUUCCUACUAUCAUGUCGGGAAGAGACCUUAUCGGUGUUGCCAAAACAGGCUCCGGAAAGACCAUGGCCUUCUUACUCCCCAUGUUCAGACACAUCAAGGCCCAGCGACCUCUGAAAAAGACGAAGCUUGGUUCCGAAGGUCCGAUUGCCGUGGUUCUAGCCCCUACUCGCGAAUUGGCCGAUCAAAUUGGACGCGAAUGCAAGCCUUUCGCGAAAGCACUUGGUCUCAACGUAGCUAUUUGCUUUGGACAAGCGUCUCUCAAGGAUAACAUUGACAAGAUCAAGAUGGGCGUAGAAAUUAUUGUCGCCACUCCCGGCCGUCUUAUUGAUCUGGCCACGGUCAAUUCAGGUUCGCUGUUGAGUUUUACGCGAGUGACGUACAUGGUCCUUGAUGAGGCUGAUCGACUAUGGGAUAUGGGGUUCGCUCCGCAGGUGAAGAUGAUCUUGAGCCAAAUUCGUCCAGAUCGGCAGUUCGUCAUGUUCAGCGCGACUUUCCCGAAUAAUUUGGAGAUUCUGGCCAAGGAGAUGUUGAAGGAAAAGCCAGUUCAAAUCACAAUUGGCGGUCGUGCAACUGUUGCCAAAGAGAUUGAGUUGCAGGUCGACGUGUUGGAGCGCUCUGAACGUCUCCGGAAACUUCUCGAGAUCCUUGGAAACAAGUAUGCCGACGCGGAUUGGAGUCCCUUAAACCGAGACGUAUGGGAGGAUCAGACGUUGAUAUUUGUCGAGCGUCAAGAAGCUGCAACAGAGUUGUUAGGAGCCCUCAUGAAGCGAGGCUUUACCAAGAUCUCCUAUAUCCACGGCUCACGUGAGCAAGAUGAGCGUGUGGCUGCUAUCACGGACUUCAAGAACGGUUACUAUCCGAUUUUGAUUGCAACAUCCGUUGCUGCACGUGGCUUGGAUGUCAAGAACCUGAAGCUUGUCAUCAAUUACGACGUUCCAAGACAUCUUGAAGACUUUGUCCACCGCGCAGGACGGACGGGGCGCGCGGGCAACACGGGGACAUGCAUAACGUUCUUGACAAAAGAAGAUCUACCUUACGCUGCCGAUGUAAUGAAGGCUUUGAAGUAUUCAGGUCGCGAAGUUCCUCCAGUGGUCGAGGAGAUGGCGAACACAUACAAGAAGAAGAUCAAAGCAGGCGAAGUCAAACACACAUCGAAAGGAUUUGGAGGUCAUGGCGUCGAAAAGUUCGACCAAGCUCGCGACUUGGAGCGGCAAGUGUUACGUCGGCAGGCCGGUUUGGAUGAGAAGCGUCUGGAUGACUACAGAGAUCCUGAUGAGGAAGGGCCGUCAGACGACAUCUCAAUCAAGGUGCAGGCUCGUGAUGGAGACAAAAGCGCGGCCGACACUCCCAAAGAUGCAGCGCCCUCACCUGGUGCGGCUGCGUCACCAGCUCCCGCACCCGCGCCGAAGGCAGCCGAUCCCUACGCCAACUUGGAUGAAUACAACAUCAAGGUGCACAAACGCGUGGUUGAGCCGCCGCCGACGCUGCCGCUCGAUCCUCUGGCUCGUGCGCGUGCCAAAGCGAUGGAGAUCUCGGGUCGCAAAGGCGGUGUUGCUGCGGCACCAGGCGGCGCCGUGUCCGCAGGCCACAACCGUGACAACAAGGGCCCAGAUGCCGGCGCCUUCCAUGCCACGCUCGAAAUCAACGAUUACCCACAAAAGGCGCGUUGGGCGGUCACGAACCGCACCAACGUCAAGAACAUUCUGGAUCAGUACGGUGUUUCGAUCACAUCCAAGGGCGUGUUCUACAAGCUGGGCGAGGGCCCCAAGACGGAUAGUGAUCCACCGAAACUGUAUCUACUGGUGGAAGGCGAUACGGAGAACAGUGUCAUGGGCGCGAUGAGAGACCUGGUGAGGCUCUUGAAGGACGGCAUCGUGCAGGAUUUGGAGGCGAGUUCCAGGGCGCCAAAGGUGACUGGACGGUACAGUUUGAUAUGAGGAAGGGUCGUUGGGCAUCACAAGCAAGGAGACACGAUUGAGAAGGACAAUGUGUAGGCUUCAGAUACUACUCGAGGCAUGAAAAUGUCCAGGUCAUGUAGAACACUGACAAGGUGCCGUCCGUCGUCAUGCUCACCAUCCAGC